AUGGACGUCAUCGACGUAAUCUUCAUUUUGGCCCAUACAAUUAUAUCGUUGGCCGGCGUUUUCUUCAAUCUCCUAUUAAUCUACGUCGCCGUUUUCCAUUCACCGAAUAAAAUCAGAACUUAUGCGUCAUUGAUUAUCAAUUUUGCUAUCACUGACUUGAUCAUUUGCAUACUCGACUUUUUCGUUCAGCAGAGGUCAUUUUUUAUUAAUUUUUUGAUCGCGAAAAAAAGUCAAAACCUCUUGAGUUUUGUAAGCUUUUUUUCAUUUUGUUUGCGCUAAGUUUUUCUAAUCAAAAUAUUUUUCAGAGCCAUUCCAUCAGGAUGGUCGGUCAUCUUUAUUGGAAAUGGCCCUUGCAAGUUUUUCGGCCACACGGCUUGUUCCGUAGCGUAAGUUUUGAAGCUUCUUUUUCGUUUGGAACUCGACAGCCUUCAUUCUUCUUUUCUGCAUUUAGAGGAAUAAAAAUUGAAGAAAAGAGAACUAUAAAACCAAAUAGUUAAGAAAGAAAACUGGUGCGUCAGAAGUAUUGACACAAUUUUUCAUUAACAUUAGCAAGAAAAACUUUCUCAAUCUACGUUUCACAUUGAUUCUAAAUAUGAAUCGAAAACAGUUCGAUAAUUCUUCUUUUGCACCUAUUCCAAAUCCAUAUUCAACUUCUGAAAAAAGUUGCACCGCGUGAAAAAAAAUUCAACAUCAUUUUUUAUAAAUCGAGCUCGCAAAAUUUCAAAAAAAAAUUUUUCUCCUUCUAAAUAUGGAAGCGAUUUAUGGGAGAUAAUAAAUAAGACAGUGGAACUAAAGAGACGGAAGAGAAGGAGAGACGCUCGCACUUCUCUGGCGUCUCUUCAAGCCUCCGCUGAUCUCUCGCAAGCAAGGUUUUCAGAAACUGCUUCCAACAGCAUCUUCUAACCUUUGGAGUCUAUUCCCUUCUUUUAUCUUUCUGCUACCGAUUCUACAUUGUCUCCAAUCCAACCCCAAACAGACGGGCCGUACUGAAGAUUCUCGGCAUAGUAUAUAUACCUUCAUUUGUACAAUUGGUAGGACUUCAGGCUCAUUCUGAACUAGAAAUCUGUUUCAGAUUUUCUCGUUACUCAUGGGAAGUCCCCCAGAUGUCAUGAAAAGAAUAUUUGAGGAAGCGUUCUCUCAAUAUGACACUGAAGAUUUGCUUAUCAAUGGUGUCGAAGAUGUUCGAAAAUUCUUCCCUGCCGUCGCCAUUUCACACGCUAUUUUGAUUGUCCCACCAGUCUAUGCGAUCAUUUUCGUUCUUCGGAAGAUCAUUAUCAAUAAACUCGAUUUUUCCAAUGUGAUGAGGUCAGAGACGAAAAGUAUGCAGCAGCAAUUUUUGAAAGUUCGUUAUUAUCACAUAAUUUUUUUUUCGUAAAAUUCUUAAAUAUAUUUUCCAAAAGACUUCACCUUGAAGACUAUGUGCAUAAAAAUAUCAGAAAUUUUCGGAAAGAGUUAGAAAAGUUGGAAAAUCGAGGGCUUUUUUUCAUACUCACAUUUUUCGGGCUGCAAAAUUUACUGUGCGUAGUAAGAUACUUUUUGUCCCUUUUCCAAUGUUAAAUGACUUGAAAUAAACUUUUUCAGGCCUUGACCGUUCAAACCUGCAUUCCAGUGUUCAGCUCCAUCGCCAUCAUUACCUACGCCAUCGGCCAACUCAGAUUUCUCAAUCAUCCAGCCUUGGAAUACGCUUCACCUAUUUCUCUAGUUCUACCUCCAGUCUUAUCUCCCUUGGCUUCUCUAUAUUUUGUUCAAGCUUACAAGAAAAAAGUCCGAAGUUUGGUUCAAAAGAAAGGCAACCAUGUCGACCAAAAAACUGCCAUUAUUUUCUCAGUUACUCCUACCUCUCUGCAAAUGUAAUAUUGUAUUGUAUGGAUGUAUGUAUGAAAAUCGUAUUAUGAAGCCAAGCUUUUUUUCAAUAAAUAUAUUAUGAUUUUCGAAGAGAAAAAAGUGAAAAAAACAUAAACCUCAAAAAAAAAUACUCAAGCUUUUUUAAAAUCAUAUUUAUACUUUUUAUUCGUUCAAUUGAAUCUUUUAAAACCAUAAAAAGUUACAAUUUAUCGAAAAACUGCUCAAAAGGGAGAGAAAUGGUGUCUCGAGUUUGACCUGGGAAUUCCCGAAAAAAAGUCGCGUCGCAUACGCAACGCUUCACUCUUGUCAAUCUACCCAACUUGCCUUUCAAGUCGGAAAGACUAUAGAACAUUUCAAACUUCUCACUGAAACGACCUCCAUAGCUAGUCAUAAUGAUAGUCAAAAUAAUAUGUCUAGUGACUCUCUCACGCCUCCCUUCCCAUUAUGAGACUUUAGGUUUUUACAUUGUCAGGAGUUUUGUUCAUACGAUAACCAGAAGUACCCCAAUCAUUCUCAACUCCCUUCAUGGACCUUCUCGACACAUCCUUCAUCUCGGCCCACAUAGCUCUAUCGUUGGCCGGCAUGCUCUUCAAUGCUCUCCUGAUCUACGUUGGGAUAUUUCAUUCGCCGAAUAGAAUCAGGACUUAUGCUACAUUGAUCAUCAAUUUCGCCAUCACCGACUUCAUCAUUUGCUCAGUCGACUUGUUCGUCCAGCAGAGGUAAAACCGAGUUAUAACCUUCGUUUCAACUCGAAAAGAACUCUUGAAUCUUCACCAGCACUAAAAGCUCUUUCAGAGCAAUUCCAGCGGGAUGGGCAGUAAUAUUCGUCGCAAUUGGCCCUUGCAAGUAUUUCAGUCCCACUGUCUGUUUUCUGGCGUAAGUUGUGAUUUUAGGCCUUCAAAAAAUGAGCGAAGAUGAGCGUCAAAAAUUGAGAUUAUUUUUUGAGAUUGCCUUUUUUCUAAAAAAAUUGAAAGUAAUUAUCGGUCUAAGCUCUUGUUUCAGACUCUAAUUAUAAUCUUUCGACGAUCUCUAGGAAGAAAAAGUUUUUUCAAAAUGUGAAAAAAGAGCGCCUUGAAAGUGCUUUUAAAUAUAUUUUUUUGUAGAAUCUACCUUGAGUUUGUCGGUUGAGUAGGUAUGAAAUUUUAAAAAAGGAACAAAAGAUACGCGAGAACCUAAAGAGACACCAGAAAGCGAGAGUUACCUUGACUUCUCUGAUAUCUCUUCAGACCAGAUCUCUCAAAAAUCAAAGAUGAAUGCACUAUGAGCAAAUCGAAGAACUCCUUGACAUCAUCAACAGCCUGGAGAGACUGAAGACGGCUAGAGCGCUUUUGAUUUCUCUGGCGUCUCUCUUAGCCGUCGUUGACGUUUCGCAAGUUAGCUGAACCCAACAUUUUCAGAAACAACUUCGAACAUCAUCUUCUAACUUUUGGAGUCUAUUGUCUUCUCUUAUCUUUCUGCUACCGAUAUUACAUAAUAACGCGAUCUCCGCCGAAAAGACGACCCGUUCUUUUUUGCCUCGGCCUGUUCUACAUCCCUUCUUUCAUUCAACUGGUUUGAUUGUUGGCUGUAUCUUCUCUAGAACAAUGUUUCAGAUUGCCUCUCUGAUUAUGGGAAGCCCACCAGAAGAGAUGAAGCGGAUUUUAGAACAGGAUUUUCCCCAUUACAGUACGGAGAAUAUGGCGAUCAGCGGGGUCGCUGAUACUCGUGAGCUUUACGCUUCGAUGGCGAUUUCCCACUCCACUAUGUGUGUUCUUCCGAUCUACGCAGUUAUUUUCUUCGUCCGGCGAAAAAUUAUCAAUAGUCUCAAUUUGACCAUGAGCGUGAGGUCGGAGACAAAAAGUAUGCAGGAGCAAUUUUUGAAGGUUAGUUUAACAAUAAUUUUAUGAGGUUAAUUCUAGGCGGCGCUAUUUUUGAAAGUACUCAACUUUGCCCGACUUCAAAAAUUUUGCGCUAGUAGACGUCUUGUAGCUCAGAGGCCAAUAAGUUCUAGUUCAGGCGAAACUGACUGACUGAAUUUUAAAUUCACUUCAACUAAAAAGCAGAUCAACUGCAACUUUUUGAGUCAUUUUUUUGUCUUAAUGAACAGUUUGCAUCGCGAUAAAUGCUUAAUUAACCAUAUCCAUUUUUACGGUGAUUCCUAAUCUGUACUCAAAAAAUGCGAAGGAGGUCUAUCAAAACACAUUUUUGAACGGUAGAUAGAGCUGAAUUCGGUAAUAAAGAAACAUAGUUUUUUUUCAAACUGCUCCGUGCUAAAAAUUUCCAAAAAAUGAUGAGACACUCUUUUUUUAACUUGAAAGUUCAUGACGUUUUUUUUAGCAUAUAUCUGAAAUCGGCGUUAAAAGCGCAUUUGUUGACCCUUUUUUUUUCAAAGUUCCCUGUGAGCUAAGGCCAGCGGUAAUAAGUCCGGUAUACUCUGUUAUAAAAUAAAUUCAAUAAUGUUCAUUUUGGUCAACUUUCAGGCUCUGAGCGUUCAAACUUGCCUUCCGAUGUUCAGUUCGAUCGCCAUCGUUUGCUACUCGAUGGGCCAACUCAGAAUCUACAACAAUCGCGUAUUGGAAUACAUUUCACCGAUUUCCCUGCUCUUGACUCCAGUCACGUCUCCCCUGGCUGCCUUGUUUUUCGUCCAUGCCUAUAAACACAAAGUUCUGAGCUUGUUCCCGAAGAAAACCGACUCUAUCUCUCAAGUAACUCCCAACAUUUCUUUGAUAACUCCGGCUUCUUAG